GGGAACUUAUAAGGAAGCGGUGAGCCAGAGCAAACCAUCUCGCAUCAGACCAUCAUAUAGAUUGGACAUGUAUCAGAUGAAGCUUUGGCUACUCUUCAAUCGAGACAGUAAUUGCCGAUAAAGUAAAUGCUGGUUUCACGUGACCACUCAAUCAAGGAAUACAUCUAUGCUUCGUCGAUAUAUAGGAUUAUGAUUUAAAUAUUCUCUGUGCUCUUCAAAUCACUUUAGUUUUUUUUUUGAUCCGAUAAUGAUGUUUUCGUCAAAGUCAGGCAUGAUCGCGCUUCUCUUUCUAGUCACCAUGACAUCGGGAAUGACGACGAGUAGCCAGACGACGAAUGAAACGACUACCCCAUCCUGGAUAACACCUGAAUUACCAACGUCCAUCACGACGUCCUCAUGGAACAAGACGCCGAACGAAGAGAUAUCGAUGACCACGACUUCCAUACCUUCGAGCUUCACGACUGAGGACACCACAUGGUAUAGGUCGACAUCGCCCUCGAGUGAAUCGACACCAAUGACGUCAGCUGAGAGCACAUUGUCCUCAUCGCUUUCGACCCCGUCAUCCGUGGAUGGAAAGAGAAUCCUGAAUAUUCUCGGCUUGUUUCCGAUGACGAUCAGCUUAGGGGAGGAAGUGCGAGGUGAAAGUUCGAAGUUAUCAGCCGAGAUCGCACUCGAGCACAUCAACGAGAAUGAAAACAUCCUUCCCGAAUACGAACUUCGUUUACAUUCGCUCGACACAAUGUGUCACCCUGGUGUUGGAACCAGACUUUUGUUCGAGGAAGUGAAUUCCAAUACAACCUAUAUCAUGCUUCUAGGUUCAGGCUGCUCUGAAGUAGCAAAAACUGUGUCCUUAGCAGCAGAUCUAUGGAACAUUGUUCAGGUUUCGUAUUCUGCCUCUAGCCCAGCCUUGUCCAAUCGUGAAGCCUACAUGUCGUUUUUCCGAACGAAUGUCGCUGAUUCUCUCUACAAUUACGCCAGAUUGGCGAUAAUAAAGCACUAUGGCUGGCAAAGAGUUGCCACCCUUCACGAGAAUCAGGAAGCUUACUCCACGGCAGUUAAUUUAUUCAGUGAGCUUCUUGCCGCCAAUGGUAUCAAUCUAACUACAUCGGAAAGUUUCACAGUCGAACCCGGUGAGCAGAUAGAUAAUCUGAAGGAAAAAGGAGCAUGGAUAAUUUUUGGCAACUUUCAGGAAGUCAUGGCAAGGAAAGUGUUUUGUGAGGCGUACAAGAAGAAACUAUACGGUAAAAACUAUGCGUGGUUUCUGCUGGGAAAGUACAGUCUAAGAUGGUGGGAGAAGGAGGAUAACAGUACUACAUGCACACCUGAACAGAUAUAUACUGCGUUGGACGGUUAUAUACUGACGGAUUCGGUUCCGAUGAAUCUAUAUCCGGAUAGACCGACCAUAUCAGGACAUACUUCCGCGGAGAUUGCCGAGGUGUUCCGAAACAGAGCCGAACAGGCUGGAUUUGAUGACGUGGCUGUGACGUCAUAUGCAUCCGAUGCCUAUGAUGCUAUGUGGAGUAUAGCUCUCACAUUGCAGCGGGCUUCAUCAGACCACGAUUUAACCAUUGUUUCUGGCGAACUGCACGAGUUCUCUUACGAGAGACACGGCACAAGAGAGCACUUUAUUAAUACACUAUCAACCUUGCAAUUUGAGGGGUUCUCGGGAUCUGUAAGCUUUACUGAUGCUGGUGACCGUGAGGGACUAAUUGAGAUUCGUCAAAUCAGAGAUGGCGAAGAAAUUGUGGUUGGUCUAUAUUCAUUUCAUGGCGAUGAGCGACAUGGAACAGAUUUGAAUAUCACAGAUAUACAGUGGUCAGGAGGCAGACCUCCCAAAGAUGAGACAACGGAAGAGAUAGUAUUCCACACCAUUCCUCUGCUAUAUCUUUACGUAGCAGGUGGAUUGUGUGCCGCAGGGAUAGUCUUUGCCUCCGUGUGUCUUCUAGCUACUAUUAUACUGUGGGAGAGAUCAGCAUUUUACAGAGCAUCUCCGUUAUUCUUGGUAUUGGGCUUACUUGGUUGUGUCGGGAUGUAUGUAUCUAUCUUCUUGAUGGGUGUCGGAAGUGACGUCAUUGGACCUGAUUACCAAGUCAUUCUUUGCACGGUGAGGUCAUGGACUCUAGCUCUGAGUUUCUCUUUGGCAUACGGCGCCCUCUUCGCCAAGAUUUAUAGAGCUCACAAACUGCUCGUCUCCAAAGCGAACCUGUGGAACCCAGGUGGCCAUUUUUCAUUCAUGUUUCGGUCGUUGAUGUCGAUAUUUCUCUUCUGUGUGAUUGUUCUUAUCGUAUGGACUGUCUGGUUUCCUAUUCAAAGGGAUGUCGUCUCAUCUGGGAAUGAGUACAAUGAAGAUACGAACACCCUAUAUCGUUUUGAAGUAGAGUAUUGUCUUCGAGGCAAUGCUCUUUACUUCACCGGAACCAUUAUGGGUUUCCUUGGCCUUGUUCUGCUCCUUGGUGCAUUUUUAUCUUACGAGACUCGUGCAAUGAAGAUAGUGACAUUGAACGAUACGUUUGUAUCCGGUAUUGCUGUCUACUGCUCGGUCACAUUCAGUGUCAUCAGCACUCCUCUCGCCUUCAUCCUAGGCAAUAAUCCUCAGAUUGGGUACCUUACCGUUGCUAGUAUGGCAUGGAUCGGUGUUACACUGGUGCUUAUCAUUAUAUAUGCACCGAAGUUCCAUGCAGUUCGAGGCACUUGGGCUCAGAGACAGAACUCGCAAACCAGAACAAUCCAAGAGAUCUAUGACGAGGAGGUCGACGAGGAGACCAAACUCAGGCACAAGAUUGAUGAGGUCGAUCGUGAUAUUGAAGAAUUUAAGAAGGAGAUUGCUCGUCGUAAGGAGUUUGGCCGUCAAUCUCUUCUCAGAGGAUUCGGGAUCUGGUGCUUCGGUCAUUCCCUCAGACUCAGCUGUGGACAUCGCAAGGUCAAGGUCCCAUCUCUUCACACUCAAAUGCGCAAGCCAACGAUGACAGAAUACGACAACCAUGCCCUCGAAGCUUCAGACUGGAAUCUUGCCCGAUAUGGCACCCACGAGCCAGGGUCAUCUUCAUCAGGCGAGGGGUCAUCUGGAAAUCAACAAGAAAAUAGUGACAGGGCCACCGAGGCGACCAACAAAGUCAAUUCACAGUCAGACUUGACCAAACUCUAGGAGGAUGUGGUGAUAUGUCGGGUAAAUCUGAUGCCUUUUGCUGGUAACUGCUGGUAACUGAAGCGAGGAAGAUGAUUUUCUAUUAAUUGUUCUUAUACAUAUCACCAGAUAUUUCUUCAGAUUCAUCUUGAUGGUCAUUUGCUUGCCAUUUAUAUAAUUUACGAUAAUACGUGUUUCGAAUGCAUAUCUGAUCAAGAUGUUUACAGAUGAAGAUAUAUAUCUAUAUAUAUAUAGUGAAAGGCAUACAUGUAUAUAUUAUUGAAUCUAAGUAGUGGAUGACAUUUGUAUUUUUGUAAGGUUUCUUAAUAUUAGGGUGAAACUCACAAACAUAAUACUUUCUAUCAUUUUGCAAAGUGAGUGUAUACGUUUAUUUGAAGCCACUGUAUUUGUUUGCAAAAAGAAAUAUUGCAUUGAAUUGAACGGUACGUUCCCAUGGAUACAUCGGUAACCAUGGAGAUAUGAAACACUAACAAUCUUUGACUUAACAUCCUGCAUAUUCUGAUCAAAGCUAUUUUAACAUAAAUAUAUUUUAUGUAUUGUAAACAAGAAAUCCGUCGGGUUUUUGUCUCUUUAAUAUGCAUUUUUAUCAUAAUAGAGUUUAUUUCAACAAUUUUCAAAACAAAGAGAAUUGUAUCUGUGCAUUACUUUUUAUGACGAUAGUUAACGUGAUUUUGUUUCUGUUUUGUGUUAGAAUAAAGAAUCCGUAAAUUAUUUUAAAGACUUGAUGCUAAGUUUCAUGUUAUUUACAUCAUGUUAUGAUGAAUACAGUUUUUUUUAUAUAGUUCUUAGUCUAUUAUGCAAUUACGUUUCCAUGCAUUAUGAAUAAUUAUGUUUUGAAUCUUGAUUAAUUUGAUAUAUUUCGUCUUAUCAUACUGAAUAGUUUGUGUAUGUCUUUAUUCGAGAGAUGAUUUGCGCAUUUAGAAGGAUUUACUGAUUUAUUGAUUGAUUUGUAUUACUUUCCCAAUAUAUUAGUGUUCUUAUUCAUGUUAUUGAAUAAUUGAAUGUUUGUUAUUAUGUCUGCACAAUUGUGUUUGUCCCCAAAAUUAAAAAAAAAAUCUUAUAUGCAAAAUAAAUCAUUACCAUGAAAUUGUUGAUUUAAUGAGUCAAAAUAUUGAAUUUUGUAAUAAAUCAGCCAUCACAUGAUUAAGUUACGAGUGAUAAAUCCUCUGUAUGGUCAAUCUUUAUCUGAUAGUGUACAUCAUUUAACUAUAUUGAUAUGUAUGAAAACUUCGUCUAUUGGGUACGUUUGUAACAUUUUUCACUUCAGUAGCCUAGUCCAAUAAACUGCCUCACAGAAACAGAUUUGAAAAAAAAUUGCUUCAUAUCUCUUUCUAAUUAUUAUAGCGUACAUGAGUAGGGGUCGUCCCCUGACAGAAUCCCGAUGAACGAAUACAAAAAUCUAAUUUUGUGAUAGACUUUGACAUAAUAUUUAGAUU